AUGGCCCUGUAUAAGUCCACAGACUGUGACUCUCUCUCUCUCUGCAUUUCUCCCGUUUCCAGGCAGGUGGAUUCGGCCUGUAAGCUGCUGCACCAGGCCUCAGGGCGUCCUGCCUCUGACUUCCUCAUCCAGCUGCCCGACGAGCCCAUUUCCCUCCAGGACGCCCUGUCCGGGGUUUUCCGCCUCCCGCCCGGGGAUCCCUUCUGCGAGGACAAGCCAGUGCUCUGGCUGGCGGUGCUGUCUCUGGGCUUCGCGCUGGUGUGCGACCCGCAGGAGAACCUGCUGCUGGCCGAGAACACCCUGCGCCUGGUGGCCAAGUGUCUGCUGGAGCACCUGAAGCUGCUGAGCCAGGGGAGCAACGUGGUCCUCAAGGCAGACAAGACCGAGCUCAUCCUGAGCAAGUUCCUGCCCCAUGGGCAGCUGCUCUUCCUGAACGAGCAGUUCGUCCAGGGGCUGGAAAGGGAGCUGAGCGCCUGCCUGUCCAAGUAGAGGGCUCUGGGUGGAGUGUCGUCAGCUCCGCUGCUGGCCAGAUCCUCUGGGCGGGUCAGGCGGCAGGUGCAUGGACCUUGGGGGCUUGCGCUGGAGUGAAAGGAGACGCAAGGUUGGCAGCUGUGGCCUUGGUAGUCUUCAUUGUCAUCGCUCUGGCCGAUCAGCAUGUUCGUCCGGCCGCAGCCUCCCUGGCGACCAGCCAGAAUCUCUUGCAGUGGCACGGGGACGAGGGAGAUGCCUGCGUGGUUGGGGGAACGCCACAUCUCGCCCCCUUCCCUGCCUUGUCUCAAUACACCAGGGUUGGGCGUGAGCAACCCGGCACAUCCUCCAGCGCGCCGGGGUCCUGUUUCCUUGGCAGUGUCAG